CGGUCUUGUCCCGUGCAGUUACUCGUAUUUGGCGGAUAUUCUGAAGUUUAAACGACGAGUAUUACACCACACACGAUGAAGAUUCCUAUUCUGAUUUUGGCAACGUUGGUUGUUGGAGCGCUGUGCGAAGAAAAGUGCGUCCCCGGCACGACGUUCAUGGAAGAUUGCAACAAAUGUCGGUGCAGUAACACUGGUCAGAAAGCCUGCACGCGCAAGAUGUGUCCCCCGAAUGAACUAUCGGACGAUGCGCAAGUCCGCACGGAACCGGUUCCGAACGGCGAAUCACUGUCGUCUGCGGACGAGAAGGAUGAGGUGCAUCUGCAAACCAAUGGGCAAGUUUGUACACCUAACGAGAUAAAGAUGCAGGAAUGCAAUCGAUGUCGGUGUGCAAACAAUGGUAUUGGUUGGUUCUGCACCCGACGAGUUUGCCCGCCACGAGAGAAGCGUGCGGCUGGCACUGCAAAAUGCACCCCCGGAUCGACGUUUAUGGCCGAUGAUGGAUGUAACACUUGUCACUGCAAUGAAGAUGGACGCGCCGCCUGUACGCGGGUUAUGUGCGAGCCGCUGGAAGGCGCGGAACUACUCAGAUUUAGAAGGGAAACCCCGGAGUCGCCUGCUGGACCGAAAUGUACUCCUGGAACGACGUUCCAGGCCGAAGAUGGUUGUAACACCUGCUACUGCGAUGCACAGGGACGUGCUGCCUGCUCGCUGAAGUUCUGUGCCUCAUCCGAUGUAUCGGCGUUCCGUAGCCGGCUGCAACGUAGACAAGUGAAGGAAACCAAGUGUACACCUGGAUCGACGUUUAUGGCCGAUGAUGGAUGUAACACUUGUCACUGCAAUGAAGAUGGACGCGCCGCCUGUACGCGGGUUAUGUGCGAGCCGCUGGAAGGCGCGGAACUCCUCAGAUUUAGAAGGGAAACCCCGGAGUCGCCAGCUGGACCGAAAUGUACCCCUGGAACGACGUUCAUGGCCGAAGAUGGCUGUAACACCUGCUACUGCGAUGCCCAGGGACGUGCUGCCUGCUCGCUGAAGUUCUGUGCCUCAUCCGAUGUAUCGGCGUUCCGUAGCCGGCUGGAACGUAGGCAAGUCAAUGAGUUCCCGGGUAUGCAAAAGUGCACCCCUGGUACGACGUUCAGAGACGCCGAUGAUUGUAAUACUUGCUACUGCAAUGAAGAUGGACGCGCUGCUUGCACUCGGAAGGCAUGUAUAAGGAAAGAUAGCGAGCUCUACAAACAGCUACAGCAGACCCAAAAGUCGUCAAACGACGCUAGCCUCACUCCCGAUACCGAAGGACAGCGACAACGUAGACAAGUCAAGGAAAUCAAUUGUACUCCCGGAACAACUUUUAAGUCCGACGAUGGAUGUAACAACUGCUUCUGUGAUGAAAAUGGACAAGCUGCCUGCACUCUGAUGGCAUGCCUGCCCAAUACCGGAAAGGUACAGCACAAACGACAAACAUCCGGUGACUUGCCACAGUCAGAGGUCGCCCCUGGCACACCCGGAUUCAGCUGCACGCCACGAUCGUCAUUCAAGUACCAGUGCAACACUUGUCUCUGCUCGGAUGAUGGCAAGAACGCUGGUUGUACCUUUAAGUUCUGCAUUCCUGGCGAGUGGUAAGGCGGAGGAUGUAAGCAGUGGCUGCAAAGUUUUCGGUAAAAUGAUCGCUUGUCAUCCAGUGUAAAGGUAUAAGUUGGUUAUUAUAUUCUUUAUCACAACUCAACUCGAUAAAGUAAC